GCAGAGGUAGGCAGGGUUCCCGAGCCGCUCUCCCGGCUCCCUGCUCUGGGCCUUGGGGCUCCACCGGCUUCUUGGCCCGAGCUGCUGCGCGUGCAGAUGGCCUUGCGCGAUCGCCGGACCCCGCUGCGGUGGCCAAGUGCAGGGCUUGUGGCUGGGACCCCUGAGAACCAGGAGCCAGAGUGUGCUCAGCUUGCCAGGCCGGAGCCACGCACGGGCACAAGUCUGUCAGGCCGCCAUCAGUCCUGGUCCAACCGUCAGGGCCCAUCCGACCGUCGGCGAUGUUUUAUUUCCACUGCCCGCCACAGCUAGAGGGCACAGCGCCUUUUGGUAACCACUCUACGGGGGAUUUUGAUGAUGGGUUUCUUAGAAGAAAACAGCGCAGAAAUCGGACAACCUUCACUCUUCAGCAGUUGGAAGCUCUGGAGGCAGUCUUUGCCCAAACACACUACCCAGAUGUCUUCACCAGAGAAGAGCUAGCCAUGAAAAUAAACCUCACAGAAGCCAGAGUGCAGGUCUGGUUCCAGAACCGAAGAGCCAAGUGGAGGAAGACAGAGAGAGGGGCCUCUGACCAGGAACCAGGGGCUAAGGAACCCAUGGCAGAGGUGACACCACCCCCAGUGAGGAACAUCAACUCUCCACCCCCAGGGGACCAGGCCCGGGGCAAGAAGGAGGCCCUGGAGGCCCAGCAGAGCCUGGGACGCACAGUGGGCCCCGCUGGGCCUUUCUUCCCCUCCUGCUUGCCAGGGACCCUCCUGAACACAGCCACUUAUGCCCAGGCCCUGUCCCACGUGGCAUCUCUGAAAGGGGGCCCACUGUGCUCUUGCUGCGUCCCAGACCCUAUGGGGCUCUCCUUCCUCCCCACUUACGGUUGCCAGAGUAACCGCACAGCCAGCGUGGCUGCCCUGCGCAUGAAGGCCCGCGAGCAUUCAGAAGCUGUCCUGCAGUCUGCCAACCUUCUGCCGUCCACCAGCAGCAGCCCCGGCCCUGCCUCCAAGCAGGUGCCUCCCGAAGGCAGCCAGGACAAGCCCUCCCCAACGAAGGAACAGAGCGAGGGCGAGAAGAGCGUAUGAGGGUCCGGAGAACCCAGCUGGGAGCCCUGCCCACCCCUGCUUCUCUCAGCCUCAGCCCUGCCAGCCUCUGAACCACAAGGAGUAGCCACCUCCUCAUGGAUCUGACAGGGCAAACGGGACCUGCAAGCUGGUUGAGACCUGGAGAGUCCCUCUAGAAUUCUGCUGGUAGGCUGUGUUGUUCUCGCUUUUUCUUUGGUGACAUUUUCCGAUGGCUCUUAGUGUAGUGACUCUGGACACUGCUCUGUGAUGAGGCCCUUUUUUUUUUUGCUUUUUUUUUUGUCUUUUUUUGUUUUGUUUUAUUUUCCAGGCCAAGCAGCCUUGGAGCAAAGCAGAUUAGUUUAUUCCACCAUCCUUUUUGAGAUAUCUGGGAAGGUCUUGUCAAUUCCAAGGACUGUGGCAAGGAUCAUCCGUGAAAGAUGCCAAGAAGCGACAUCUCAUGACAGGAAAUGAGACGGGCACUCUCAUAUUGCUUAAGAACCACAGAACUGGUGGACUAUCAACCAGUUCUCACUCCUUUCAGCCAAGACUGGCAUCGGCCUCCUUUGUCUUGUUUAAAGGAAUUAGCUGAGGUUUUGGCUAGGAAGUGACAAGAUAUGGGCUGAAGACGUUGUGGUCCUGACCCUAGCAGAUCUCCCUGGGCACAUCUGACCUGGUCCAGUCAGGCAGGUUGUCAGUUCGGGGAUGGGGGCUGCUCUGCUGAUUCUGUGUGUGGGUCCCCUGCAAUUAGAGUGUUCACUUGCAGGCCCCGCCUCUCUUCAGAAGAGUGAUGGGAAGUUCACCAAUCAGAACGUAGCUUUGUGGCCCAGGAAAGGUCCAGAGCCCUUGAAUCGGUAGGAAAUCCCUAGGGAGGUCCCUGAAAAACUUAUGCCCAGAUGAGCUGCCCUUCUUCCUAUCCCCGUAUGUCGAGAGGUUGACGAGACAGGAAAGCCAGGAAGAUGACUCCGUGUGGCGGAAGAGAAUGGAGUCCAAAGGGCCAACUUUCACAGAGAUUUCUGCCUCAGUCUAGCGUGGCCGUGUUCUUUCACGCGACGGUGACUUCGGAGAGAUCAGAGGGAGAUGUGCAAUAGCAUGAGCCCCGCUCCUGGCCCGGGUCCUGGAAAGGUUGUGGUCGUUUGGUGGCUUUGGCUGAUGAUGUUUCCACGCAAACAGAUAUUGCUUUCAUGAUGGCUGUUCUCCUUCAGUUCUGAUAAUCGAGAGGCUGUGCUCCCAGGCCCUCUGCCUCCCCUUACCUCUUCAGGAGCACCCCCUCCCCUGUAAUACUCCUAAGUGUAUCGUGCCUCACUUACGGUUACUGCAACACAUUUGAUGGAACACACUGUCUCCUUUAAAAAAAAAAAAAAAGAAAAAAAAAAAAAGCCAGACCCCCGUUCUUGCUGUAUUUUGCUUGUUGAGUACAAAGAUGAAGCGAUUUGCCAAAAAGCGGCCAAGUUGCUCCCAUUUCCCUGUAAUUACGAAGGUUUGGUUGGGCAAUGUACGCUCCAGCCCUCAUGCACACUAACUCUUCAAUCUAAUUGUUUGAUUAAACUCGUAUUUCCUCCAGAAAGGUACAUAAAUAAGUGAACUGUUGGGCAAAUUAAGAAUACUUAACAGCAUUGCAUCCGAAAAGUAGUUAUGCUGAUUAAAUUUUGUGUCCUUGAGGACUUUCAGGAAAUUACUUUUGAUCGUCAAUAACACAAUUAAGUAAACUACACACACAUUAGCAUGAAUAAUUGAUAAGAAAUUAUGUAUUACCACGAAGCACUGAUUUAAUAAUUCAUGACGCGACACUCCAGUGACUGUGCAAAACUGGAUAACAUUGAAAAGUCUGCCUGACGUUCUGGAAAGAAAGGAAAAAAAAAAA